CUAAAACCUAUCUCCGUUGAGCCGAAAAAAAGAGAUAGGUCAAGCCAUGGAGGAUAGCAGGGAUAUUUCGGCUGAUCAGACGACGACUUCUACUGAAAAAAUGGCAUCACUGUCAAUAAGCGAAUCCACAUCUUCCAAUCCAUCCGAUUCUUCCUCCGGGAUGAGUGUAGAGGAGAAAUUCAGGAUUGUGAGGAGUGUUGGGGAGGAGUGUAUUCAAGAGGAUGAGCUGAUGAAUCUUCUUUCCAAGAAGCCGGAACCCAUUUGCUAUGAUGGGUUUGAGCCUUCGGGUCGGAUGCACAUUGCCCAGGGGGUAAUGAAGAUAAUCAGUGUGAACAAGUUGACCUCUGCUGGCUGCAAAGUGAAGAUAUGGAUUGCAGAUUGGUUUGCACAGUUGAACAACAAAAUGGGAGGUGAUUUGAAGAAAAUCAGGACAAUUGGGGAGUACAUGAUCGAAAUAUGGAAAGCUGUAGGUUUAGAUAUGCAAGGAGAUAAAGUGGAGUUUUUGUGGUCUUCAGAUGAAAUCAAUGGGAGGGCACAUGAAUACUGGCCUCUCGUGAUGGAUAUUGCCAGGAGAAACAAGCUUCCUAGGAUAUUGAGGUGUGUUCAAAUUAUGGGUCGCAGCGAGCAGGAUGAGUUGACAGCAGCUCAGAUAUUUUAUCCUUGCAUGCAGUGCGCUGAUAUAUUUUUCCUUAAGGCUGAUAUCUGUCAGUUGGGUAUGGAUCAGCGGAAAGUGAACGUUCUUGCAAGAGAGUACUGUGAUGACAUCAAGAGGAAGAACAAGCCCAUUAUACUCUCCCAUCAUAUGCUUCCGGGUUUGCAGCAAGGGCAGGAAAAGAUGUCAAAAAGUGAUCCAUCAUCUUCAAUCUUCAUGGAAGAUGAGGAGGCUGAAGUAAACUUAAAGAUUAAGAAGGCAUAUUGUCCUCCAAAUGAAGUUGUAGGAAAUCCAUGUUUGGAAUACCUCAAGUACAUAGUUUUCCCCUGGUUUCAUGAGUUCAAGGUUGAACGUAGUGCCAAUAACGGUGGUGAAAAGAUCUACAAGAGCUUUGAAGAAUUAGUAGCAGAGUAUGAAAGUGGGAGUUUGCAUCCAGCUGAUUUGAAACCUGCAUUAUCAAAAGCAAUUAAUACAAUACUGCAGCCCGUCCGAAAUCACUUCAAGAAUGAUCCCCAAGCAAAGGAGCUAUUGAAAAGAGUCAAGGGCUACAAAGUAUCAAGAUGAGACAGAAGAAGAGACUUGUUAUUUUGAUGGCUGGAGAGGAAAAUGAAGUUUUACUCUUGUUUGACUAUUUACUAUUAUUGUACAAUCUAUGAAAACAUGUUUUUAUUUUUUGAUAUUCAACCUUAAAUUUUCAAUGUUUUUUGAAUUGUUGGACUCCCUGGCUCUUGCUAUCUUAAUAAUCUUGAUCAUUAACCUGGUUUCUA